ACUUUGACAGUCCGGCAACACAGUACUAGUAAACAACACGAAAAUUACAAAGAAUUUAAUGAAAUUCGUAAUUUCGGGAAAAGAAUUUGCAAAAAAUCAAAUAAAUUGCAGACAAUUAUUUUACAUAACUAUAAAACUAUAAACAACACAAAGAGUAGAGAAAAAACUCAUCAAAGAAUAGGCAAACAAAGAUCAAGGGGUCUACGUAAACCCCCCUUAAAGGCAAGCACAUAGAAAAAAGAUGGACGAUAAAAAAGUAUACAGGAUUGCAAGGACUAUUAUUCAUCCGUCUGUCGAACAUGUUUGCAAGCAAAUGGAGAAAUGCAAAAUUUAAGCGCGCCCAUGAAUGGCGGUGCUGACAGAAGUACAUAUUUGGAUUGUCUCAACUACUGUAUGCCUAGCUAUAGCGGAGUUACGGAGGAAACCGAUGCCCUGCCCCUGUGUAUAUGCAAAGAUUGUGCAUCCGCAUUACAAGUGGCCUAUUGGUUUAUGAAAAAUGCCACCAAAGCCCAGGAAGUGCUAAAAAUUCGUAUCAAUGAAAUCAAAGAAAAACAAAAGCAACUCGAACGAGAGGAGGCGGCCCAAGCAAAGGCAAGCGAGGAAGUAAAGAAGCCCAAACGUUAUCGUUGUAAAAUUUGCAAUACAAAAUUGGAAACAAAGAGGUCUUUAAAAGAUCACGUCAAAUUGCAUUUGGAUAUAAUUGCCUAUAAUUGUCAAUUAUGUGGAUUUGAACAUCAUCAACGCAAUCAUUUAAUACAACAUUAUCAAUUUACGCACGGCGUUGAACCAACCCCUGAACAAUUGAAGCCCAAGACAAAAAUUACACCUCCCAUUAAAAGCAGCAAUAGCACAUCCACCAGACAAACUGUUAAUGGCAGCGGACAGAGACAGCAAUUUCUACAACAACCACUGUCAAACUCAGGUGAAGUUUAUGUUGAUAACCACCAGCCCGUAGCAACAGCACAAAACUCUCAUGAAAUUAUUUACACAAGUGCCCCACAAAAUCAAAAUAUCGUUUAUGCCACCGCCAUAAAUACCCAAACAACAACGGCUCCCCUGGAGGGAAAUGCUGCAACAACGACAAUUUUUGCCCAAACAAAUGGAGAGGCAUUUACAUUCAAUUCCGGCUUUGAAGGAAAUCUCAAUAUGCAAAAUGACACAAAUGUUGGUAAUGAAUUUAUUGUUAUGGCCGAUGGGUCUGUGGAAAAUGUUAUGGGCAAGGGUGUUGUUAUUGAAUACAUUAAUGCUGGAGAUGGUACAACUUUGUCCUUGGACAAUGGAUUGGUGCUCGAAAAUAUUCUUCAGGUCCCAAAUGAUGGCAGUACAUCGAAUAUUAUUGUGUCACAAGAUAAUGGCAAUACAAAUAACCUGGCGCUUACACAAAGCGAUGCAAACGCCACCAGUAUGAUAAUUUCAAACAAUGAUAUGGUGCAAAUGGAUGUGGAUGAUAUUAUUGUGGAGGAUCCAGAGAAUACACCAGAACAGACACAAGAUGUACCCAUAUCCCCCAUUGACGAAGACAUGAUCCCCGCCACAUUUAUUGAACAGCCAAAAAGAAAUAUUUGCAAAAUAUGUGCCAAAGAAUUUGAUACACAAGAUGAGCUGAAAACCCAUAUGUUGACACACAAUGAAAUUCCACAUUUCUUCUGCGAUCAUUGUUCAUUUUAUACCUUCUUUAAAAUUGAUUUAAAUCAACACUACAAAAGCAAACACAACAUCCAGCCGACAAACAAGCAGCUACAACCGAAAAAUAAACCAACCACACAAAUUGAACGUUUUGCCAGAUCUCCGAAAUUGGUAUACAGUUGCGAUAUAUGUUUCUAUGAAUGUGAUUUGAAGUAUGAAAUUAAACGGCAUUAUCUGGCCAAGCAUUGCAUGAAUGUACAGGAUAUACAGCAAAGGCCAACACGUACGGGCAUUACCAACAACACUCUCAUACAGCCAGUGUCUAAUAAAACAAUGAGAUCAUCACCGACCACGUCAACCGCCUCCAGCCUUAGUGGGGGCUCGCCUCAAAAAACUUCCUCUGUAAACAUAAGUAAUAAUAUAAAUAAUACAAUGAAUACAACGACGGCCGAAGAAGAUCCCAUGUUACCGGAUUAUUUGAAUGGAUUGAAUUGUCGUAAAUGCAAUGAGGUAUUUUUCUAUCGCAAUAAAUUGUAUGAACAUUACAAACUGCAUAGUGCCCAGGAGGAGGCGGAAAAGCAACUACAAAAACAGGAAACAAAAACACCAAGUACUGUGAAACAAGUGCAGGAGCAAACCACAGGGAACUCUUUGGACUUACAACCCACAGAAACCCUUUUACCCAUGCAGCAACAAAAUAUCACAACAGAGCCACAAAUACAGUUACAAUAUCAAGAGCCUAAUCAGACGCCGCAAACACAUCAGAUUCAAGUAUUACAACAAUUGCCACAACAAGAAGAAGUUGUCAUCACAACCACUCCCCUGGACAAUUCCUUGACAACGAGCUUCAAUAACGUUGUUGAUCCCAUGACAUUGGUGUUAACACCAAAUACCACAUUAAGCAAUGCCGUUGCUCCCCUAACACCAUCCUCCAGUUCUACAUAUACCCUACCAUCCGAUGCAAUACCACAAAUUGUGGAAAUGGAACAGACCAUUGAAACCGAUAUGGAUUUUGAUUUUAACGGCGAUGCUCUCUUUGAGGAUUUUGAUGAUGUUGAAAAUUCAUCCGAUGACAAUGAUAUGCGUAAUUUGGCUCUCACUUCCGAUGAUGAUUUUGAUGAUGUCCUCAAGGAGCAGAGUGAAAGUCAAACGGAGACGGCCACAUCCUAUUGUGCCCAGUGUCAAAAAUCAUUUCUCAGCCAGUAUCAAUUUGAAAAUCAUAUGUUUUUGCACAGAGGACUGGCUCCGUAUCGUUGUGAAAUGUGUACCAAUCUCUAUAACACUAAACGUGCUUUAAUACGCCAUUAUCGGGCUGUCCAUAAGAGAAUACCCACAAGGGAUAUGAUCCAGGCCAAGGGUGAUAAAGUUUAUGUUAGUGAUAAUUCUUCUAUGGAAAAUUUGAGUAUUGAACAAUCCAGCGUAACAACCUUUAUGUGUGCUAAAUGUACCUAUGAAUCCACAGACUUUCCCAGUGUGCAAUUACACUUGAACACAAAUCAUAGCAUUCACGAUGAUUCUUAUAUAUUAAAAGUAAAACUUCCUUAUGAAUGUCCCCGCUGCAUACGAUCAUAUUCAACCAAAGCAAAAUUGUUACGCCAUUUGGAACGUAAUCAUUCAACGACACCAAUUAAUAAUCCACAAAUUCAAAUUAAUUCCACAGAAACUGUAACAACAACGACAACAACCACAACCGCUCCGGUGUUAAAUAAUAAUAACGUUGAUGCACCACUACCAGUGAUGACUAAUAACAAUAAUAAUAAUAAUGAGAAUGCAUCAAGCGGUAAGGUAUAUGAAGAGGUCAAUAUUAUUAAUCCCAAUCCCAACAACCACAACAACAGUACUAUUAAUAAUAAUAAUAACAAUAACAACAAUAAUGGUCUAAUCCGAGAUAUGCCAUCAAUUGUAAAUAACGAUAGCAAACAUAAUACUCUGCAAAUAUGGAUUUCAAGUCGUCCUACUUUUUUGUUGUUAAUUUUGGUAGACCAAUCAAGAGAUAUUGUUAAUUGUAUUAUCUUUCCCAAAAAAUGCUGCCAUAUUUUAUUCAAUAAAAUAAAUAAAAAAGGACUUACGGAUGAAUGUAACAAAGAAUCACAACUCUUUAGCAUCGACCCAGCAGCACAAUGUGACAACGGAACAAAAAACAACAAUGGACUCCCCUUUGAAGACUGUGUUGUAACACCUUCCACCUCAACAUCAUUUGUUAUGAUUUGUCCAGAUUUACAAGAUGACCUUACAAUUGGCACAGUUCCCACAACUGACACAACGGUUGAUGCCACUAAAGACAUGAUAUUCAAUGCAACCGAUAUGUUAACAGAAAACACCGAACUGACCACAAAUCCCACUUUGGAGACUGAGAUUUCAACAAAUACAGAUACACCAACAAUGAAUACUGAUACACGAACAAUAAACGCAGAUACCCCAGCAUCCUCGGAAAUACCAACUGGCGUUGCAAAUGAUAAAAUACUAUACAAAUGUACGGCCUGCCAUGAAAAUUGUACCACAAUCGAGGCCGUUAGAGUACAUAGUCGUAAAGUGACAUGCCGCGAUUUUAUCAAGUCCCAGAACAAAGAUCAAACCUCGGGGCUAUACAAAUGUGAAGUGUGCGACAUUAAAUAUCCCACCUUAUAUUUAUUGCGGCAUCAUUUGAAGAAGCAUAUGGCACGAACAUUUCGUUGUUCUUCCUGUCCCAAAUCGUAUCUAAGUAAAUUAGAAUUAGAUAUUCACCAAAGGACCCACACCGAUGAGAGGCCACAUCAGUGUGACAAAUGUCCGAAUAGUUUUCGUUAUGCACAUCAUUUGAAGCGGCACAAGGAUAUCAUACACUUUGGCAAACGUUACAUGUGUCCCGAGGCCAAUUGUAAUCGGCAAUUCACAACAAUGGAUCAAUUGAAAGUACAUAAAUGGUCUCAUUGUGGCAUUGUGCCGAACAAAUGUAAAUAUUGUGGACAAUUGUUUAAGAAGCGUUUGUUUCUACGAAAUCACUGCUCGAAAAUCCACAACAAAGCACUAACAGAUGAUGAGGAGUUUAAUGGCAACAGCAUGGCCUGCAAAAGUCCCCAGGAGGAUAUUCUACAGCCAAUUAACUGGGACUAAAAGCAACAUACCCCUUGCUUGGUCUAUUCCAUAAGCAUAUUCACUUAGUAACAUUUAUUUAUUUAUUUUUGUACAUAUAAAAUGAAAAUCCAUGAGCUAAACAUGGCUUAUACAUAUAUCAUUCCAUUUUAGAGUCCUUAUCGUAUUGUUUAAAUUUUAAGAGAGAAAUAUCACAAUUAUUUAUGCAGCAAACCCCAUAAUAUAUCACACUAUAUAAAGAAUAUAUAUGAAUUUAUGUUUAAUGCAAUAAAAUUCCUUGCAAAAAGCAAAUAGAUAACAUUUAUAAAUGAA